AUGGCACCAAAGGACAAGUACACCGAUCCCAAGCUCCGCGAGGAAAUCAAAGAGGAAAUUCACAACAGUGACAAGGGCGGGAAACCCGGACAAUGGUCUGCUCGCAAGGCCCAAAUGAUGGCCUCCGAAUACAAAAAACGCGGCGGCGACUACACAACCUCUAAACAAGACGGGCAAUCCCCAUCGCAAAAGCAUCUCAACGAGUGGACGAAUGAAGAAUGGCAGACAAAAGAGGGAUCGGGGACUGCGCGGAAGGACGACGAGAAUGGUACGCGGAAGCGGUAUUUGCCGAAGAAGGCGUGGGAGCAGAUGAGUGAGGGGGAGAAAGAAGAGACGGAGGAGAAGAAGGUUGAAGGGUCGAAGGAGGGGAGGCAGGUUGUUGGGAAUACGGAGAGGGCGAGGGAGGCGAGGAGGGAUGUUAGUGGUAGGAAGGGGUCGGGUGAUGAGGAGGAAGAGAAGGGGAAUGGAAAAGGAAAGAAAGGACCGAAGACGCGGAGUUCUAGCAAGGAUGAUGGUGAUGACGAUCAAUUUGAUGAGGAGGAGGAUGAGGAAGACGGAAAUGAGAAGAAUAGUGCCGGGACAAAGCGGACUGCGAAGCAGUCGACUGGUUCUAACAAGAAACAAAAGGAGAAUGGAAAGAAGGAAAAAGAAGCUGAGGAUGCCGAUGACGGCCAAGAGGAGGACGAAAACGAGGAAGAGUAUAUAGAAGACGAAAGCGACGUGGACGAAGAUGUCAACGAAGAGGAAGAAGAGUAA